CAGGGAGUGUAAAUUCGUGAAGAGGGAGGGACACGGUGAUGUAAAGGAAAGUGAAACUGUAGUACGAACAAAAAGCAACCGAGGGUAGAUCAGGAGUCACUUCUAAACAUCACUGCGGGAGAGAAAGAGACAGCUAUAGAGCUUCUGGAAAGACAGACAGACAGAAAGCACGCUAAUCCCAGGUAAUGUGUCUGAGUGACAACGAUACGAUAUAUGGGGGUUCAUCAUACUGCAUGUCGAACCAUUGAGCUUCUUGUAGAACGUCAGAAUGCUUAUGGUGACCGUGAGACUAAUAAGAGAAAAUAUACUGUUGUUGGGACAGGCAGAUAUUGCAAAAAACAUUAUGAAAGCAGUAAUUGAGAUAUUUUUAAAUGCAGCCGUGUCCUUUAAACAAUGGGUUAUUUAUUACUUUAGUUUAAUGUAUUGAUCUAAAUUAGAGUAGGUAAUCUCAUGUCACAUGCAUUACUCUGCAAUGUGAAUUUAUCAGACAGGUGUAUAUCGGAUGUACGUUACUUUGUACUGUGAAUAGGAAGGAAGUGGCAUCGUGUGUAAAAGUUAUGUAACAUUUGAACAAUUUCUGUAUCAGAAGAGAUUUUACAGUUUGCUAAAUUUUGAGAAUUUGAUGGGAGGUUUCCCCAGUUUGCACUUAUUCUGACAUGCCCUGGCAGAACUCUGUGAGUAGAAGUGUACUGCUAUUUAUAUACUGACUCACCCUUAAAUAUCUGAGCAUUUCCUCAUUUAGAGAGGCUGACUACCAAAUCAGAUGACAAUUUAGCACUGUGUGUAUCUUUUAUUUGCCGUGUUACUAUAGAGAACCAGCGCUCUCUUCAACCUAUCGUCACUGUAAGUUUUUGUAAUUUUGCCAUUUAUUGUUAAAUCUCCCCUUCUGAUAAUAUUGUAAAGAGCUACAUAAUAUGCUGGCGCUAUAUAAAUACCAGUAAUAAUAAUAGUAACUAUGGUAACACAGAUGCCUGUAUGCUGUAUUUUCUAUAAUGCUAAGGCAGCCACUAGGUUAUAGAAGAACACGUUACAAAUUAUUAUUAUUAUUAUUAUUUAUAUAGCACCAUCAAAUUCUGCAGCGCUUUACAAUGGGUGGACGAACAGACAUGUAGUUGUAACCAGACAAGACAAAUACCAAAAUGCACAUAUCACAAGGGUUUGGUACUAGCUGUACAUUUCUCCCAGUAAACAAGAAAUGUUUGUUUCUAAUAAGUUUUGUAACCAUGGUAUCUAGAUUUUCUUAUGUCCUAAAAUGCACAUUUAUCUAAAGGAAAGCCCCAAGCACCAUAACCACUAAGCACGCUAUAGUGUAUAUUGUGCCAGGAGUGACCUAGGCUGUAAUGUAAACACUACAUUUUCUCUGAAAAGACAGUGUUCACUGCAAAAAGCCUGAAGGGAAUGAUUCUACUCACUAGAACACAUGCAAUAAGCUGUAGUUGUUUUGGUGACUAUAGUGUCCAUUUAACUUAAAAAUACACAACUUUGCCUUAGUGAUUGCCAUGUGUAUACAUAGAUGGUCAUGAUUAAUUUAUAUUUUUAACAAAACAACUAACCAAACUCAUUCAGAACUGCCAGUAGUGACCUAAGCAGGAGGACAAUGCAUUUACUUCUGCAUUAGGGUUUGCCAACUGCUGCUGAUGGAAUAUAUUGUUAUCACAAGAAAUACAGUGUCAAAGCCUUUUAGAACUAUUGUGUUAAUCAUUCUCUCUGUUAAAUUUAGUUUUGUUCAUAUACCAUUCACUGUCCCAUCAGGUGUCUUACUAAUACCUAAUUACUGAAGAUGGGACUGCCAGCAAAAGAUGUGCCCUCUCCAAAAUCUGCAUCACCUAGAAUGCCCGUGCCUUCAGUGCCUAGGAAAACCAGCCAGAAAUCGGUAACACCAUCUCAUGGUAAAGCAGUAAGGGAUACUACUGCAUCUCCAAAUGUAGCACAAUCAGUGAGUGCUGGUGAUAACUCAAAAUUAACAAAGGCUCAAAAUGCUACAACAAAGCGCAGAGAAAACCCUUCAACACCCCGCGAUAGUGGUGAUGCAAGAAAAUCAGUCUCCAGUCAGCGGCCAAGCAGCUCAUCAAGAACCAGACAAAGCCCAGAUGUCCCAUCCACCUCUGAGAUGGCAAUGAAGAUGCUCACACCUUCUAGUGCAAGACAGUUUUCUAUAAAAGAUGUAGAAAAAAUAGAAAAGGACACCCGUGGGCAGAGAGAUAAUCCAGAAUGGUUUAACUGGCGUAAACAACGCAUUACAGCUUCCAUGGCGCAUCAGAUAUCACACAGUCGAUUCGCUAAUGGGAAAACAACAGACAUUCCACAGUCGUACUUGAAGGCUGUAUUGGGUUCUGGACCCAGCGUGCAAACGCCUGCUAUGAAUUGGGGCAUUAGGAAUGAGAAAAAUGCAAUACGCGCCUAUGAAAAAUGGACUUUAGAAAACACUGGGAGAAAAGUACAAGUGGAUGAGUGUGGCUUAUUUGUUCACACCAAAAAAAACUGGAUGGCUGCGAGCCCAGAUGGCAUUGUGGUAGAUGCACUUACCGGAGAGAAGUUGGGCAUCUUGGAAGUAAAGUGUCCGUAUAAACAUAGAGAGCACAGCAUACGCCAAGCAUGUGCCGACCGCGAUUUCUGCCUGAAGCCCGAUGGGGAUUCCUAUGCGUUAAAGACUGAUCACCCCUACUACACCCAAGUUCAGUGCCAACUGGCAGCCACAAAGAUGGAUCACUCAGAUUUUGUAGUGUACACAAAAAAAGAGACAGCGGUUGUUCCAGUGAGCUUUGACUCUAAGUUUUGGGAAGGGACUGAAUCAAAGCUAGAAAGAUUUUACUUUGAGGCCGUGAUUCCAAACAUAAAUGGCAAGGGUACAGGUGGAAGAGCAGUAGAAGAAACAGAUGCGUGGGCAGUAGAAGAAUGAGAGAAAGAAAAUUGCAGAAGUGCAAUUAUAAGAAAAUUCUUUGUUUGGUUUUGAUUCAAUGGUUUCCUAUGUUGAACACACUUGGGUUGAACUUAGGGAAAGGAAGAGAUGAAGGCAGAAUUUGUAUUAAAGGUAGUGACAAGAUAUAUGACAUAAUGAGUGGAUAUUCAGACUGGAGCAUACUAGAGCUGCUUGUAGCCUCUUCUUCUACCAAAUCCACAGAAAAUCAAAGAAAUAUGGCGUCCAUGGAUGGCCUACUUCAAAGAUCCUGAUUAAUGGCAUAUACAGUCUAUAACCUCUUUCUCUUUGCCGUACUCACCUCUUCCACCCUUUCCCCCAAACAUGCGUAGUACAGCUUUAGUACUAGUACUUUUUCUUAGUGGGCUCUACUUUAUCCCAGGAGUAAUUUGAUGCAUAUGGGUGCGACUAGGAUGUUUUUUCUUUUAUCUUUAUUGUCAUUUGUAUGUUUGUUUUCAAUUCAUGCAAGCUAUAUUAAAGAGAAUGGGCUAUGGCCAGAUUUGAUGUCUCACAUUUUUACAAGAUUGACACCAGGCUGUUCUUGAUUAUGUUAUAAGUUUCAUGUAUUUCACCCAUUCUUUGCUGUUCUUCAUUGUACAAGUCUGACCUGCAUGAUGUGACUCUGUAUUCUAGUAAAAAAAAAAAAAAAAAAUUUUAAAUAGGGAUAUGUGGAAAUAUAAAUCACAGGCACAGUCUCAUGAAAUAAAGUUUUAGACAUUCAUCUGGCAAUUAACAUGGUAUAUGUUCCAUAUCUGUAUUUCAUGGGUAAUAAGUACCUUCUAUUCCCCAAAUUCUAUUAAAAUACAUGAAAUAUUUUUUAACUUUAAUCAGUUUAUUAUGGGUGUACAGAGAAACAGACACAGAUUGAG